UUAUAUAAGCAUUUCCGAUCCACUUUAGUAUCAUUCCAGCUGAAUUGUUUCCGGUUUUAGUGUCAUUCCAAUGUCGUCAGUGUCCUUGCAAUCUCCGCCGUUUUCAGCUCUCUCCUCUUCUUCUUCUUCAUCUCUCCAGGGAAGAAGAGGAUUGAGCUUCUCCGGUCGAUACAGAGCUUCCAAUUUCAUCGUCUUCAACCUCCCCAAAUCCUGCACUCCUAUCCGAGCUUCCUCUGGCUCUUCUUCCUCUCUCGACACUGGCUCCGGCACUGAAUUAGAAGCCGUAUCUACUUUCAGCGAGAUCGUUCCGGACACUGUAAUUUUCGAUGAUUUCGAGAAGUUUCCUCCAACUGCUGCUACAGUUAGCUCUUCGCUUCUCUUGGGAAUAUGCGGUCUUCCGGACACCAUUUUCAGGAACGCUGUGGAUAUGGCUUUGGCAGAUUCAGAGUGUUCUAAGCUGGAAAACUCCGAGCUGAAAAUGUCAUGUUUCUCUAACAAGGCUCUAGUCAAUGUUGGUGGUGAUUUGUCAAAACUAGUCCCUGGUCGAGUUUCAACGGAGGUAGAUGCACGACUUGCCUAUGACACUCAUGGCAUUAUUAGAAAGGUCCAUGAUUUGCUGAAAUUGUAUGAUGAAAUCAAUGUGCCUCCUGAGCGUUUGUUGUUCAAAAUUCCUUCAACUUGGCAAGGAAUAGAGGCUUCGAGAUUACUGGAAUCUGAGGGCAUACAAACUCACUUGACGUUUGUGUACAGCUUCGCUCAAGCUGCAGCUGCAGCCCAAGCUGGUGCUUCUGUCAUUCAAAUAUUUGUUGGUCGCCUCAGGGAUUGGGCUCGUAAUCAUUCCGGUGACCCUGAGGUAGAAGCUGCUCUCAAAAGGGGAGAGGAUCCUGGGAUAGCAUUGGUGACAAAAGCUUACAAUUACAUCCACAAAUAUGGACAUAAGUCAAAGUUGAUGGCUGCAGCAGUUCGUAACAAGCAGGAUUUGUUCAGUCUCCUAGGGGUUGAUUAUAUCAUUGCACCAUUGAAAGUUUUGCAAUCACUCAAAGAAUCUGUCACUGCUCCUGGUGAGAAGUAUUCUUUUGUGAGGAGGCUAUCUCCAGAAACUGCUGCUAUCUACAACUUCAGUAAAGAGGAGCUCACAAAGUGGGACCAGCUGAGCCUUGCAUUGGCUAUGGGACCCGCUGCCGUUGAGCUUCUGGCCACAGGACUGGAAGGUAACGCUAACCAAGCGAGGCGAGUUGAGGAGUUAUUUGGAAAGAUUUGGCCGCCUCCCAAUGUGUAGAAUCUAGUCGAGAACCUUUUAAUCCUUGUCUUCUUGACUAACAUGAAAAGAAAAACUUUGCUUAAUGAAUGAGUUGAGCAUUAUGUUCUCCACACCAUAAUGCUUUAAGGCAAAAGUCGGACAAGUUUGGCACAUGACUAACCUGAAUUCCCAUUUACCUGAGAACGUCAAGUUCAUUCCCUUUUUUAUUUUCUUGUAAGGUUCGUUCUUCAACUUCGACUCUGAAAUUUGUUGAUUUAAGUCUUUUAAGAUAUUGAUCGUCAUUUAG